CCGCCAUGUUGAUCCUGACGUGGGCGCCGCUGUGCUUGCUCCUGGCCCGGGCCGCGCCGCCGGCCGCCGCCGCGCGCAAGGAGGAAGGGCUGAACGUGCUGGGCGGGGAGGACGUCGCUGCCAACCAGUACGACUACGUGGUGGGAGUUUACAAUACGCCGAAGAACUCUAGAACUUACUCCGUUUGCUCCGGGUCCAUAAUUAAUGCUCAUUGGGUAUUAACUGCAGGACACUGUGUGGAAAAUUCAAGUCCCUCAACGCACGUGGUGGAAGUGGAAGCGGGGGCAAAAUCUCUGGCAAACGCUCAGACUGUACGCGCAGAGAAGUGGUUCACCCACGAACGCUAUCGGAGCCUUAAGGAUACCACAACGCGCGUGUAUUACGAUAUUGCCCUGAUAAAGCUUCAUGACUCAGUGUUACAAGUCCGCAACACAGCAAUCGCCACGUUACCGUCUUCGGGGAGAGACGAUCCUGGUCGAAGCUCUACAGUCGAAAUCGUUGGCUUCGGAACAGAAGGACAAGGCAGUUUAGCAACCAAACGAAAAGGUAUCUUGAAGAAAGCAGAAAUGAAAGUGCAAGGUACCUGCCGAAACACCUUACCUUCAUCGUACUGCAUCAAAGUUGUAGAUGCCACCGGAAGAUCAUGUCCUGGCGAUUCCGGCGGACCUAUGGUGUACCGCGGCCGCGUGGUGGGCGUGAGCUCCACCGGCAAUCCAUGCACAACAAAACGCGGGGACGCGCAGUACACCAGGGUGUCCAGUUUCCUCGACUGGAUCAACCAGAAGAUCCGACAGGAGUGAACGAGGCACCAUUUACCUCCAUCGCCACCCUUUCUUUGUCUUUUCGUCUGCUACCAGAGUGAUGGCAGCAACAAUGCGAUACUGGCAUUUCUAGGCCAGUGCUGUUGUAAGCAUUUGACCUAUUCGACUAUCUACAAAACAGUUGUUCAUUAUUUUUGUAACAACAGAAUUAAAUUAAAAUAUGCUC